AUGGAAGACCCCUGCACCUCGGAUGGCUUAAUGAAAGAAUUCGCCACCAGAUCCCUGGAAGCUCUUACAGAUAAGCUGGUAGCAACAUGGCCACAUACUGCAGACCAGUUGCGCAAAGAAGUCACAGAUCUGGGCACGAGAACGUCCCAUAUGGAACAGAAGGUCCGUGAAAUUGCAUCCACAUACAAUGAAUUGGUGGUUCAUGUACAAGCUCUAAAGGGCCAGGAGGACUUUCUGGAAACAUGGAUGGCGGAUACCGAAGAAAGGGUUGAAGGAACAAUCUAA